CGUAUAUACGGCACCAGUAGUAAAAUCACAUCGCUGCAUGUUGCUAUAGUUUUCUUUCAUACCUGCGACUAUAUGCGGUAUUAUUUAAUUUAUUUGCACGCGAAUUAGGUUCGAUGAACGAAUUCGGAUAAAAAAUGUUCAACCAUUAUACAAUAGUAUGUUACAGUGGCAAUAUGAAAUCGUACAAAAUUCCAUAUCAAAGGAAAUAGCGACGUAGAACGAAAAUGUCGUAGACUGGAUGAUAUUGAAUAGUGUUUGUUUUUGGUGUUUCGGUGGAAACGAUGGCCCACUCGCCAACGAGCUUGGAAACGCAAAUAGACAGUUUUCUGGAACAGUUUAAGAGGAGCGCUUCGAAGGCCAUGGAAGAAAGAAUGGAGUGGCCAGAUGGACUCUCGCCCGGAGCCGUCGUCAGGUCUCGCAGCAGCUGCUUUACCCUGGAUGCUGCUACUGAAGCGGAGUGCGAUGGCUGCGGUAGCGAGGGCGAGGAGGGGCGUAGUGUGGGUGAACUGCUGCUGCCGCAAUAUGCGCUGGCGACUGGCGGGCUGGCGCGUGACCACCGGCCCCUCAUCACCUUCCCCGACAACAGCAACUUCCACCUUCUCUCCCCGGCUGAGUACAGGCGCCUGCUACUCUACCUCACCUCAGUACCUUCAUUAUUAGAAGCCGAAAUGGGGUUUCACAUAAUAAUAGAUCGAAGGAAGGACAGAUGGAAUUCUGUGAAGACUGUCUUGAUAAGGAUAUCUGAGUUCUUUCCCGGCAUGAUCCACUCAGUAUACGUGCUGCGUCCAGCCAGUUUUCUCCAGAAGGCGUUGUCCGAAGUCAGUAGCAAGCUGUUCAAAGAGGAGUUCAGGUUCCGAGUCCUCGUGUGCUCCUGCAUCGAGGAGUUGUACGAGCAUUUCGACCGCUCCCAACUGACACCGGAUUUAGGUGGAGAGUUGCAGUACUCACACUCGGAAUGGAUACAGCAGCGAAUAGCUUUGGAGAAAUUUUCGACGCUAAUGAAGGAGAUAUCUACCAAAUUAGACGAUUUUAUGCAUGAAAUAGUCGACUGCGAUAUGGGUAACGAUCCUACACAAACCAAAGAAUUACUAGACUGUCAAGAAACUAGGUAUAAAGCUUUAAAAACAGAACUGUCUACAGCAACGAGUCAGGGCGAAGAGUUGCUGACGCAAGUUAGGAAACCAAAUCUAACCUACAAUAUUAUAAGUCACGUGGCGGCCGUAGAGAGGUUACUAGUACAAUUAGACGAGACUGAGAAACAAUUCGAUAAUUUCUGGCAAAAACAUUCCACAAAAUUAAACCACUGGUUGAAAUUUCGUACAUUUUUAUUGAAUUUUAAACAAAUGCAGGCAACUCUAGAUAAUCAUCUAAAGACAGCGUGCGAUAUGACCGAAGUCGGAGAGACGGCGAGUAGAGUUGAGAGCCUAAUACAGGAAGCUAACGAUUUUGAGAAACUGUGUAAUUGCGAUCUCGAUACUGCGUCCACAGUUAUUGACGACGGUGAGACGUUAAUGAAGGACCCACUUAGUUCCGUGGACCACAUAGAAUCAAAAUGCGAGGAGCUGAGACGGACGAGCGCUUUACUUAUUGAUAAAAUACAGAAACGGAACUUACUGUUGACCAAAGCCCGGGAACUGAUGGACAGGAUAGAUAAGGCGAACGAAUGGUGCGCAACGGGUGUAGAGAUCCUGGCGGGUGAGGGCGGUCUCAUUGCCGUGGACAAGUUGCUUGAAGACGCCAAGAGCUUCGGUCUGACUGCACCAGAAGAGUUCCGCGACAUGCUGCUGCAGAGCGCCACGCAAGAGACCAGAGCGCUCGUCGCUCAGGUGGCGCAGCGCGUGGAGGACGUGUGGCUGAUGGUGUCGGUGAAGCGCGCGUCACUGCAGCGCGCCGCGGCCCGCCCCGCGCGCCCCGUGCAGUCCGUGCCCCCGCAGACAGCCGCACUGCCGCUGCCGGUGCCGCUGCCGGUUCUACAGAUGGAAACGUCAGGCGGGUCAGAGAGCUCCGGCGGCGAGGACGCGGAGGCGCGGCGAGCGCGGCGCGGGCACGUGCUGGCCGAGCUGCUGCAAACAGAGCGGAUCUACGUGCAGGAGCUCGGCUCUAUACUCACUGGUUAUAAAGAAGAAAUAGAGAAACCGGAGAACCAACACGUCAUACCCGCAGCGCUAGUCGGUCAGGCUAACGUGCUCUUCGGCAAUCUUCACGAGCUGUUCACAUUCCACCAGGAUAUCUUCCUUAAAGACUUGGAGAAAUCAAUAUCUGCUACGGAAUUAGUUGCGCUGUGCUUUGUGGAAAAGAGGGAGACAUUCUUCCGACUGUACAGCUACUACUGCCAGAACAUCCCUCGCUCGGAGCGGCUGCGCGAGGCGCUGGUCGACACCCACCUCUUCCUACAGGCGUGCCAGCAGCGGCUAGGCCACAAGCUACCUCUGGCAGCCUACCUGCUCAAACCUGUGCAGAGGAUCACCAAGUAUCAGUUGUUACUUAAGGACCUACUAAGGUACAGUGAAUGCGGAACUAUGAGCGCUGGUCUACAACAAGCUUUAGACUGCAUGCUGGUCGUGUUGAAAUGUGUCAAUGACUCCAUGCACCAGAUUGCCAUCACCGGUGUACCGGUGGAUCUGAGCCAGCAAGGCGAGCUGCUGCUGCAGGGCUCGUUCCUGGUGGUGUCGGAAAACAAGCGCGACCUGCGGCUGCGCCUGCGUCCGCGCCGCCGCCACAUCUUCCUCUACGAGAAGGCGAUGCUCUUCUGCAAGCCCGCCGCCAAGAACAGCCACAACAAGGCCACCUAUCACUUUAAACAUGAUUUACAGAUGGCACAGAUAGGUCUGACGGAGUCUGUGAAGGGAGACCCGCGCAAGUUCGAGGUGUGGCGUCAGGGGCGCGCGGAGGUGCACACGCUGACUGCGCCCGCAGCAGACGUGAAGCGCACCUGGGUGGAGCGCAUCAAGCGCGUCCUGCUCGACCAGCUCAACGAGCUCAAGGGAGAGAAGGUGCGCCAGUACAGCGCGCAACACAGGACGUUGAUCCAGACGAGCUCGUGGGAGGCGGGCGCGCUGGCGGCGGUGCGCGCGCCGGUGGGGGGAGGUGGGGGGGCGCGGGCCGCCUCCUGCGACACACAGGACGAGCCCUGCUGGUCCACGGACCCCUCUGAUGAUGAUGACGACGACACCGAACACGCACCGGCUGUGGGGUGCUUGCUGGUGGCGUUAUCGGAGUACAGUGCGGUGGGCGCGAGCGAGGUAUCACUGCGCGAGGGCCAGCACGCCGAGCUACUCAAGGUCGGCUGCGCCGGCUGGUGGUACGUGAGACUCGCGGGCGGGCAAGGCGAGGGCUGGGCGCCUGCCGCUUACCUAGAUCAGCGCAAGACGUCGCGCUCGUCCAGCCGCUCGCACGACCGCCUGCACGACCACUAGCUGACGUCACUCGCGCUCGUGUCGCUCACGUCGCGUCGCCGUGUCGUGCUGUACAACAAACUUAGUGUACAUUAACUUCUUCGAUUCAAAAUUGUUAUACUUUAGUUCGACGCUCGUUUAUGUUGUGAUUGUUGAUUCGUUUGAAAUUUGUUUCUUAUUUCGAAAAUUAAAGGUAAUUCUAGUGAAUUUUUUGAUGGUCGUUGUUGAAUUGGAUUUAUCGUACUUAUAUUUGGAAAUUUGGAUACAUUUAUUUGUACUAAAUGUAAACAUUUUUCUGUACCAUAAGGAAUAUACAGUUUCUUAGAAGACGUAACGAAAGCCCUGCCACCCCACUUGUUAUUGUUAAUGUCGAACUAUUUACAGUAAAACAAUAUUAUUGUUAAUGUAUGUAAUGUUCUGAUGAAGCUUUAUUGUAAAGUAGUGUUAGGUUUAGUCCGUUAACGUUACGAUUAUUCAAAUCCAAAGCUAUAUUUAGUGGCAUAGGAGUUGUUAAAGAGCUGUAGUGGAUUCAUGUUUCUUUUUCGUGUAAAUAUUUCUCUUCUUUAAUUAAUUUUAGUUAUUUAUUUGGAAGCUAGUUGUUUUUUAACUUUUUAUUAUAAGUUCUCCAUGACAGAUAGUGUUUUGUUGUUUAUGGACAUUCUACGUUUGUGUUUUUUCUAUUGGUGUAUUGAAUGUGCCUGUAUAGUCUGUGGUAAGGAAAUCAUAAUUCGUAUCAAAUAAAUCAUCUUACUUCAUAUCAAAUCAUAUUUAUUAUAAUUGUGAGAGCUUUGUCUAUGAACUAAAAGUUUUCUUAUUAAAAAAAUAUUAUGAUUGUGAACAUAAAAUAUAAAUAAUCAAUUGUUUGCGUGAUGUCAAACAUAUUCUCUAAUGCUAAGUAUUAAUUCUAUACUAGUCGGUGUGAUUUAUUUUACAUCUUUUUAACUUUUAUUUGUAGUUUUGUAUCUCAAAUCGUAGCACUUUAGCAUGCGAUCGCCGCCUUUCAUUGUCAACUUACGUGUCUAUAUUAUUUGAUCAUCAAAUGCUUAUUGGCCACUGACUUCUAUAUGUGGAUAGGCUAUAAACCUUGACAUUUUGAGCCUAUUUGAUUUUUCACCAUUUGGCGCUGACGGUUGCCGUUAGUAGCGGUGGUAAGGAUUCGAACUAAUAAUACUGUAUUGUAUUGUAGAGAUAACAUUAAUAGCAAUUCACCAGGCGCGAUUAAGUCAA